AUGACUUCACCAGCUGUCGUUCCUGCCAAAAAGGCAGAGCCUGUCGUCGACCCGCUCCAACGCGGCGAGGCCCCUUCAGCGCUGGCUUACCCGAGUGCGACUGGCGACAAUGAUGGUUCUCUCACGCUGCAGCAGCUACAGCAACAACAGCAAUCGCACCUGCAGCAGCUCAGCUCUAGGAGGAGGAAUUCACGUUUUAUUUCUCCCUACAUUUUUACCAUAACUGUUGCAUCGUUGACCUUAACUUUCUUGCUGCUGCGUUGUUUCCACUUCCUUCUCUCUGGCUCCAGAGGUGUGGCUUCUUUCAGAGAGUUAGCUGGCGACGAUGGUGCUGAAUGUCCCUGGGACGAGGGUUCAGACCCCUCUGCAUCUGAUCCUUCGGGGCAGCCCCUCCCGCAACGUGGUGCACCACAGAGGGGGCGGCGGGGUGCGGGGGCCCCCCAGCUGCAGGAUCAGCCACCCGAUGAUGUCGCUGGAGGUGCACAAGAGCAGCGUUUGCCGCUCUUCCGAGGGGAUGAUGCUGCUGGUGCUGCAGCGGCGGCAGCAACCGGAGCGCGCCCAAAGCAACCGCAGGGUGCACGGCCCCGCCAUCACCAGCAACACGACGACGACCAGGAGCAGCAAGAUGACCAUCGCCAACUGCUGCACGGCCCCGCCAUCACCAGCAACACGACGACGACCAGGAGCAGCAAGAUGACCAUCGCCAACUGCUGCAGCAGCAGCUGCUGCAACAAGAGGAGGAGGAGGAUGAGGAGGAGCUGGAUGACGCGGCAGGUAUCCGGGAUCUCCUUGCACAAGCUGGGCACGAUCCUGCCCUAG